ACUUUUUUUAAUUUUAAGAAGUAAAACUUAGUUAGUCAUCCUGAUUCAGUACUUAUUGGGUAUAUUCACUGAAAAAUUAUCUCGUCGAGAUGAUAUGCCCUAGUUUUAGCAGUUCUUGAUGUUUUAGACAAGAAGAGACGAUUAAUAAAAUCUCUUUCUCAACUAAUCCUAAAGUGCUUACAAUUGACCAAUCUCUUUCUACCAAAUAAACAUAAUUUAUGACGAAGAUUAAGGCACCCAGAACUUUCUUUUUCGUUGUUAUGGAGACUAGUAUAAAACGCAUGCUUAAAAAUAGGCCAGUAAUUUAUGCCUAAAACCACGUGAUAUCAAAUAAACUUGAGGUAACCGAGAUUGAUAUUGUCAGGUGAAAAACAUCAUGUAAAGACACAAAUGAGAAUACAAGCGGUUGCCUGGAAUAGCAUUUCGGAAAUUCUUGGGUCACUUAAAAAACAGCGCGACUUCCACUUCCGAGUCCAUUAUUGCUUUAAAAAUAGUGUACUUCACUGUUUAGUUCGAUAAUAACAAAUAAGAAAAACAAAAGCAACAGCCAGUACACUUGAAAUACAUUUUUGCUGUUUCGGGCACAAAUUAGAUUGGCUGAAGACAGAAAAAGCUUUUGUUCAAACGACUUCCAAAUCUAAUAACAAUGGUUUACUGAUGACUCCAGAUUCGAACCUAGAUAUAUUCGACGAGUAAAAGAGAAAAAUAGUAAACUAUAAAGUUAUACUAUGCUUAAUCCGUCAGGCAUUAGGCUUCCAGAGAUUAAGUACUUGCGAUUCAUUUUGCAGUUUCGGACCCACUUGUUUCUUCGUAAUUCGAUUUAGUUUCUCGUCGCGACCAUAGCAUAAGCAAGUAAUUUAGAGGAUACUCAGUAUUCAAAACGCCAUGCGUCAUUGAAAGAUCACAUCCAGGACACCUAUACUCUGAAACGUAAAGAUCCAGUGACUUGAAGUGCUCUUUAUAAGAUUUGAAUUUAAAUUCUCGGACUAAUUUUGCGGCCCGCCAUUAGAUAUGUCUGAUUGUAUUCUUAUCCUUUAAGAAUGAGUGAGGUAACUAUAUUUCCAUACUGUAAGCAAAACAAGCAAAGAGUACGUGGAACAUCUUACUAUUAAACUGACUGGAAACGCACUUUGACGUGCAAGGUUUGCUUGAAAGGCAUUUUUGUCAUAACGUGAGACGUAAGAUCAAAAUGUAAAAGUACUCCUGGAUCCUUUUCAACUUAGUAGACCUCUAGAGAAGAGAUACCUAAGUCGUUUGCAAAGUCUUAGGCAUGCCUUUUUCACUUUUAUGUAUGAGAAGUAAGUCCGUUUUGUCAAUCGCCAAACUUUGGAUCUGGAUCGGGUCCUGCCGAAGAGCCAACUUAUUGUCUUGACUGCAAUUUUCUCUUCAAAGUUUAACAUUGUCAGUGAGAGUUAAUAACUCAGACGAUACCUGUUGAGAAAGAUCAUUGAUAUAAAUUAAGUAGAGAAGUGGUCCUAGUAUUGAAGCCUGAAAGACUCCAUCAAGACAUUCUGUAGCCUGAGAAGAAUUAAAGUUGACCCUAACCUUGACAGUCAACUAUUUAUAUAUGAAGUUAACGUGUCUAUAAAAGGUGAAUUGAUACCUAACGGUUUGAGCUUAUUCGUGAGAUAUAUAUGAUUGACCUUAUCAUAAGCUUUUGAGAAGUCAAGAUAUAUCACUCUAACUGAUAUUCAUGGCUUAUGUCAUACAAGCCAUUUGCCUGAAUGUUUAUAAAAAAGUUCAUUUCACAAUUUCUCUGUUUUGUGUUGGACUGCAUGUUAGUCAUAAUCUAAAAUAUAGUAAAAACAUAUAUUAUUCGAUUUAGCCACACUCUAUCAUGAUCUAUCCUGGUAACAUCACAUUAUCAGAUGCUGCACAUCUCUAUGGUUUUGUGCUCGCAUAGCAGCAGCUCAUCGUCGAGUCGAAUAUUAUACUGUUUUGUCUGUUAGUGUUCUUUUUAAACAGUGAAGUCAAUGCAAUGUAUCGUGAUACCACCCUUCUAUAAAUCAUAUUUUUUCUAUCUCAACCGCUAUUUUAUUUUCCUCUUGUAUUACUUCACUAUUAUGUCAUUUCUCUGCACUGUUCUUUAUUCUUCAUCGUACCAAACGUUUGAUAUGACAAAUAAACUAAAUGAGUCUAAACAAAACGAAGUUGAAUGAAUUAUUUUAAGAAAGAUUAUUAUUUCCUCUUUUGACUCUAGAGGGGUGUGACAGCAGUAAGGUGUUUCCCUCGGACAACCAGCAUCUGCAAUGAUUCUGCCUUCUCACAAGGAAAGAAGAAACGGGUUAGGAAAGGUCUACCUUAAAAAUGUCACAUCUCACCUUAUCUCACAGAUAUCCAUCUCCGGUGGUAAGGCCAUUUGAAGAGUGGAGUUAACCCUAAACAAUCUUCCCAUACAGAGGCCAUGUGUGACCGCCAUCAAGCGGUUGUCCCUUGGGCUCUUCAUUCACGCCACAGGUCUCUAAGACCAACACUAAUCUAACUUCUUUUUCAUGUUCCGCAUGAAUUACUCUUCCAUGAUGUGGGCAGCCGAGAAGUGACAUCUGCCCUCAUACUCGUAAUAGCACACUACAUCUAUCAUUCCCUGACUGACUGAUUUCUUCUUUUGUUACUUGUAACUCCGCCUGCAACUCUUCUGAUGUUACCAUCGGUCCCAAUCCCUGGAUUAGCGUCCUCGUCCGGUAGAAAGCCAACUCGUUAGAAAAACAUCUCAACAAAACGAAAUUGAAUGAACUAUUUUAACAAGGUUUAUUAUUUUGCUAAUUUCUAAAGAGAAUUUUAUUUAUUUCAAUGUUAAUUAACAAGCAAGCACUUAGUGUAUUUCUAUCUUUUCACAUUUUGCAGAUAACAUGUCAUCGGAUGACAACAAAAAGUCAUCUGAUGACAAUCAAAAGUCACACGAAGACGUUAAAAAGUCAUACUCGUCUAGAGUUAAUUUUGUAAUUCAAGAGGCUUCGAAACUUGAAGUUUCUGGCAUAUCACAAUUGUAUAAUAGUGUUCGACAACGUAUGAUGGAUACAGGUUUAUUAGAGGAUAGUCGUAAUCUAAGAAAUGUCAUUGAUGCUCCAUGGUUAGAUGAUGAAGCUCUGCAAUUGAAAUUAUAUUAUCAAGAAGCUGUGACACUUUGGUCAACAUGGCCAACACCUACAGGUGCUGUACGAAUUAAAUCAAUACGUCAACAAUUAAAUGACAAGCUACUGGAUUUACGUCAAAAAUGGACAGAGAAAAUCAAUAAUUGUCGUGUAAUGGAUAGUAGAAUGGCAGAGAAAGCGCUCAAAUUAAAACCAACACAAUAUCAAGAAUUAAUAUCGUUUGCAUUUGGUCAAGCUGAACAACAAGAACAGCAACCUUAUUAUGAUCACUACCACCACCGACAACUACAACAACAACAACAACAAUCAACUCUUCCACCACAGUAUCCAGCACCUGCUACCUGCUAUCCAGACUAUCAAUCUCAUCAUCAUUCACAUCCAUAUGAUUUACAACGUCAACAUCAUCAUCAUCAACGCCAACGUCAUCGUCAUCAUCCGUAUCAUGAAGAGUUGCCACUGGCUAGUAGUAGUAAUAAUAAUAGUAGUAGCAGUUAUAAUACAAUAAACCAAUCACAACACAAUCGUUCAAUUAGUUAUUACAUUCCAUCAGAAGAUAAACGACAUACACAAGGAGCAAUCUAUCAAAAUUAUUUUCCUGGAUGA